AGAAAACACAUUUACACUAAUAUACAGGUAGAUCAAAUAGAACAUACAUAUCAUAUACAGGCUGUAUACAGUAGGGCUGAUUAUUGGUGGACUAAUAAAUGAAGUAUUUCUAUAAAAAUUGAACAAACUGACUGGUACUUUGGAGACAUGAGUAACAGGAACCCUUGGGCAGCACACAGUGGACUCCUAUUGGAGGAUGAGAGGGGGACCCUGAUCUUAUGACGUGUCAUCUCGGGGAUUAACUAGAUCCCUAUAUAUUAGCCUACUUCUGGUAAGUCAUGACGCUUACUAAAUACCACCCUUGGUAAUUGCGGAAUAAUAUAUCUUGGGGUUUUACUUGGAUCAAUGAAUUUGAAAGGGGCGCGUCUGAGCGGCUUGUUGUAAUAAAUAGCAGAGAUCUCCAUCCUCCCCACAGACAGGACUCCCCGGGUUUACCAUGAUCUUGCUUCUGCUCCUCCUGCUCUCCAUGCUCGCCGCUCCGCUCCACGGGGCCGCCGCGCCGCGUCCGACCUUCAGAGACACCGACCCGACCACAGGUGUGUCCGUGCGGUGCGACAGCUGCCCACCCGGCUCCUACCUGCGCUCCAGCUGCACGGCCACGAGGAAGAGCGAGUGCGAGCCGUGCCCGACCGGCUCGUUCACGGAGCUGUGGAACUACAUCGGGAAGUGUCUGCGCUGCGGGGUGUGCGACCACAACCAGGUGGUGAGGACGCAGUGCACCGCGGACAGCGACUGCCAGUGCGAGUGCAGGCAGGGAUACUACUUCAAGAAGGACUACGGCAUGUGCUACAGCCACAGUGCGUGUCCGGCCGGGCAGGAGGUGCUGGCCAAAGGUACAGCUGAAGAGGACACCGUGUGCCACGAUUGUCCCAACGGCACCUUCUCCGACACCGUGUCCGCCCACAAGAACUGCACGCUGCACAAAAGCUGCGAUGCUCCAGGGACGGAGCUGGUGCUGAAGGGCUCCAUCUGGCACGACAGCGUGUGCACCACCUGCAAUGAGCUCACAUCCAGAGACGGAGGCGACUACCUCAAAGAAAUCCUCCCGUCUUUCUUCCUCCACCAGAAAAUAAACAUCAAACGGCUGCGUCGGAUUUUGCACAAGCUCCCAACUGAGAAUGCGAGUCAGAUUCGGCAGCUACCGUCGAUACUGACCAAAUUGGGAGCAGACAGCGCCGGUGAGAGACUACAGAACAAGCUGCACAGAAUCGACUCGAACCUGAAGGAGCUGUGUAAUCUAAGAAACGAGGUGGAUGUAGUUGUGUUUUCAGGUUAGGCUGAAGUAGUAAAUAUUUAGUUAUAGGUACCAAACAGAUUUAAACAAAACUUUGUAGUCCAAAAGUUGCUGCCCUAUUCAAGAUGUAGUUGAUACAGACUUUAGUACUUUUUGUGUUUUGUUAAAGGAGAACAGAGAAUCAUUUCUCAAAUCAAUUAGAUCAUUUUUUCAUCGAGUUGAUUGACAUUCACUGCUUUUUGAUUUUGAUAUAGAUUUUUUUUUUUCUUAAAAUUGACAAACCAAUCCAAACUUCAUGUAUCACCUAACUUGAAUUUUUUUUUACCAAAUAAAUUAAUGUUACAGAAGGCAACAGCAUUGAGUAAAUGCAGCACACUUCAUUUCAAGUCAGGUGAUGACAAUGUAAUGUAAUGUAAUAUAAUGCAGAUUUAAUAUAUCGAGGGGGAGGAGCUAGUUUACUCUAACAAAUGUGUAGUUUUGUCCUUGGGAGUACAUUCCACAUAGUUGUACUGAUCGAAGAAUUAAUGUGGAUGCAUGUGCACCUUUUGGUAUCUCAUAGUACCUAUUGUAGCAGUUUUAUUUCUUGGAGUGAGGACAGAUGGAGCCCACCACUAUUACCCUUUCAAUAAAAGAAGCGGUUGCCUUUAGUAUAUCUACCUCUUCCCAUGUAUGCAGUUAAACAUUUUUUUUUCAUUUUAUGUAUCAGCUAAAUAUGUGAACUUAAUUUAUUGUGCUAUUUAUAGAAACAAGGUAAGUUGAGGGACAGGGUAGAGGAGUUCUUGUGUUUGCUUUUCAUGAUUUCUAAAGAAUGCGUAGAACUGUAUGCAAGUGAAGCUGUAGCAUGUGUGGUGCUUGAAUGACGCUUUAAUAAAAAUAAUU